UUAUGGAAAAGGUACCUAGUAAAACUUUAUUGAAACAAACCAAGUCAUUGAAAGGAAAAGGUGAAACUACUAGUUGGAAUCCAAAGAAAGUUUUUCGGUCAUCGUUUUUCCCUCGUUGGCCACAGUUGAACGCCAACGAAGAAAGGCAAGUCGUGUGUUUAAUUGAGGAAGCUUUUGGAGGUUGCAUAGCAACAAAAAGAGGUGGCAGAAAGAGAAAACGUGGUUCAGCUGUAAAUAAUGUAUCCUUAAGUGAGAUUCUUGUGUUUGGGUUUAACCAAGUUACUCGUAUGGCUGAACGUGGAGAGUUGGAAGCCAUAUUUGUUACGAGAGAUGUGGAACCGGAUAUUUUGAUAGAGCACUUUCCUUGGUUAUGUAUUUCUCGUGAUAUUCUUUUGUUUCCUAUGCAAAGUAGCAAUAUGCAAAGAAUACGUGGCACUUUUGAGCUUCAUUCUCUGUUGGUCAUGGGACUGAGACGAUCUUCAUGUAGCAAACUUUGUUCUUUACAAGGGCAGUAUUCUUUUACAGAGUUUAUGGACCGACUACGAGCUUUAGCACCCUGUUUGCCUAAUAACUAAAAUCACUACAAGUAUACAGUCGGUCAUUUAUUCAAACGAU